AUGCAUAACAUUUCAGAGAUCUCUGCGGAGACUCUCACCAAUCCCGAAUUCACACCCGACAAACUUUCAAUCAUGAAGCUUAGAGAUUCAUCGUUCCUGAAUAGUCGAGAUUACCUCUCUGCCCCCACCACACCAACCGGUAUCCGAAAGUCAUUCGAUUUCUCCAAUGGCCUCGAUUACAGCAAAUCCGAUUCGAUGGCUCGCUCGAGUCGCCAAAUCAGCUCCUCAACCCGUCUAUCAAACUCCUUCAGACAGUCUCAGGGAGGCCUGAAGGUAUCCAUGGAGCUUACCCGCCAAGCCGAGGGCAAGUUCUUUGCAUUGAUGGAUCUUGUAUCUAACGCCUCUCGAGAAGCGACAUCUCUCAAGGAAAUCUGGUCCGCUUUGAUUCAGGAGCGUGAAUCAUUGACCCGCGAGCGUGAGAACCUCCUGGAAACCAUCACUGAGGUUACCGAGACGCUUGAGCGCACAGAGAGCCAACAGCACUCCCAUGGGCGCGAGCACGAGCAGCGAAAGAAUCAAGUUGAGAAAUUGCUCGUUGAGCUCUCAUUGGCUCUGAAUAGUAUUGCGGAGCAUGAAAAGAAAGGGACGUCUCGCGACCACGAACUUUUGCGUGCUCGCAACGAGUUGCAGAAUCUACGCGACUCUGUUUCUCGCUCAACCAUCACCCAUGACAAAUUGAAGUCUGAUUUCCAGGACAUCGAGUCAAGGAUCAGAAUUGUUGAAGAUGAACGUGAUCAUGCCAAGAGACACGCAGAUAAAUACCAGGAAGAGUCGCGAACUCUGAACCGAGAACACACCGAUCUCAAGAGCAAGUUCAUCGAGACAACGUCAAAGCUGGAGUCUGCGCGUAAGGAGAUUCUCUCUUUCACAGAUCGACUCAAGAUCUCGGAGAUGGAUAGAGACAACUACCUUGUCGACAAGGAACGUCUGCAGGAACUCCUUCGCAAAGCCAAUCUCAAAAACGAAGAGACUUCAUUGGAGUUAAUUGAGCUCACAGAGAAGCAUGAACAUCAUCUGAGAGAUAUCAACAAGUCUAGGGAGACAAUUCGUGACUUGGAGUCAGAUGUCGACAAGUUUUCGACUACAGUGGAUCACUUGCGCCGGGAGAUCAAGACCAAGACGAUCUCCUAUGAUGAAGCCGAGGCUCGAGCUGCAGAGCUCAGCUUGAAAUUCGAGCAUCUGAAGAGAGAGAACAACAUGACAAAGGACAAGCUUAGUAUACUCGAGGUCGAACGCUCCGAACAACAAGAAAUCAUCGACAGAAUCCGUGAAGAAUCUCGCUUAGCCUUGGUCGAGAAGAACACUCUCCGAGAUGAGCUGGAGAUGUGGCGUCACCGCACUGGCGACCAUCAACGAACGAUCAGCCAGCUCCAGGAGUCUUUGCGAAAAGCCGAGUCCUCACUCGUGGAGGUUCGCUCUGAGGUACAUACUCUGAGUGAUCGUCUUACUAUCGCCGAGCGCGAGCGUAGUGAAGCUCGCGAUAAGCAUGGCCACCACUCCGGCGAGAUCAGCCAUCUCAAGGAGAAGCUGGUCAUCGUUCAAGCUGAGCUUCGCUCCAUGAGCGAAAGCCGCGAUCGUCUCCGUGAAGAACUUCACGAAGCAAAGCUCCGGUACGAAGAGGUCACGGAGACCAUGACUGAGUAUCGGGAUAGCAGCGGCGGCUUCGAGUUUGAGAUUGAGCACCUUCGUAGCAUGCUCCGUGAAUCGCGUGAGCAGAAGGAGAGGGCUAUCACUGCACGCAAUGCUGCAGAUCGUGAGAGAGAUGAAUAUAUUUCACGGUACGAAGAGAAGUGUCGUGAGAUGGAACGAUUUGAGCAAAGCGCAUCCAGCCAGUUCCAUUCGCGAAUGUCGAGCGGAGGUGGGAGGACCUCUUCACGAGUUGUGUCGCGCACAAAUACUGUGAACACCAGUGGUACAGCUGUUCACAGCGGCAACGGCAACGGCAACGGCUUUGGUCAGGGCAGCGAGUUCCGAUCAGGAGAGCAGCAAUCUGGAAGUAUGGAAUAA